GAUUGUCGUCGUCAAAGUCUUUGCUCAUUGGAUCAGAAAAAACCACCACAACAAUGCCAUAGAAGGAAAAAUAUCAAACACGAAUAUGUCUCUCACUCUCUUUUUUUCCAUUCUUGUUACCCAAACCUCCUUUAACCUAAACCUAGAGUUAACUCCAAAAGGGAAUUGCCACGACAGCGUUUUCUAACCCUAGAUCUUCAAUUCGUUUUGUUUCCUUAAAAUUUCCUCCUUGCUUUUAAUCGGCGCAGAGUCUUGUGCUUUCUCGGCGUUAAGAUUUUUUGGAUUUUUUUUUUUGUUCUCAAUUAGGUUUUUAAGUUGUGGAUAGGGUUUCGAAAUUUUUGCGUUGUGAAUGGAGCAUCGUGUAGGGAAUAGGUUUCGGCUGGGCCGGAAGAUCGGAAGCGGCUCGUUUGGGGAGAUCUAUCUCGGUACUAAUAUUCAGACUAACGAAGACGUUGCAAUUAAGCUUGAAAAUGUCAAGACAAAGCAUCCUCAGCUGCUCUACGAAUCAAAGUUAUACAGACUCUUACAGGGAGGAACUGGAAUUCCAAAUGUGAGAUGGUUUGGAGUGGAAGGAGACUAUAAUGUUUUGGUGAUGGAUUUGCUUGGACCUAGUCUUGAAGAUCUUUUUAACUUCUGCAGUAGGAAGCUUUCUUUGAAGACAGUUCUUAUGCUUGCCGAUCAAAUGAUCAACCGCGUUGAAUUUGUUCAUUCUAAAUCAUUUCUACAUCGAGAUAUCAAGCCUGACAAUUUUCUUAUGGGCUUGGGGAGGCGUGCAAAUCAGGUCUACAUCAUUGACUUUGGUCUGGCUAAGAAAUAUAGAGAUAGUUCAACACAUCAGCACAUUCCUUACAGAGAAAACAAGAAUUUGACUGGAACCGCUAGAUAUGCAAGCAUGAACACUCACCUUGGUAUAGAGCAAAGCCGGAGGGAUGAUUUGGAAUCUCUUGGAUAUGUCCUUAUGUACUUUUUAAGAGGAAGUCUUCCUUGGCAGGGACUGAAAGCAGGAACUAAGAAACAAAAGUAUGACAAGAUCAGUGAAAAGAAAGUUUCUACUUCAAUUGAGGCCUUGUGUCGGGGUUAUCCAACGGAAUUUGCAUCAUACUUUCACUAUUGUCGUUCACUUCGAUUUGAUGAUAAACCGGAUUAUGCUUAUCUGAAAAGAAUAUUUCGUGACCUUUUUAUCCGUGAAGGCUUCCAGUUUGAUUAUGUGUUUGACUGGACCAUUUUGAAGUAUCAGCAAUCACAGCUAGCCGCUCCUCCAGCACGUGGCAUUGCUCCUGGUGCUGGGACUAGUUCUGGAAUGCCCCCUGCUAUUGCCAAUGUUGAUAGACAGACAGGUGGGGAGGAAGGGCGAGCAGCUGGUUUGUCUUCAUUGGAUUCUUCACGGCGGAGAAUAUCCGGACCAGCUUUAAAUCUUGGAAAUUUUUCGAGGCAGAGAAGUCCUGUUGUUAAUGAUUCUGCAGUAUCUAAUGAUACUAUGUUAUCAAACUCCAAUAAUUUGAGCCGGCCAAGUGGAUCAUCAAGGCGAGCUGCUGUUUCUAGCAGCCGUGAUGCAUUUGUUGAUAGUGAGUCAGAUCCCCAUCACUCUCGUACUACUGAGGCAAGCCCUGGAGCGGCACGCAGAAUUUCAAGUGCACAAAGAACCUUGCCAGUUGGAUCUUCAGACCCCAGGCAUACAUCUGGGAGAAAUACCACUCGGAACUAUGAAAGUACCCUCAGGGGCAUUGAGACCCUGCAGUUGGACAAUUGAUGAGAGAGGUUUCAGUAUUAAAUGCUCACCUCGGUGCAUUCUUGUGAAGCACGAAUUUACUGGUGUGCUGCUAUUAUGCUUGCGGUAGAAUAGGUUUGCUUGGAGUUGAGUUGUGAAGGAAGUUGGAGUUGAGUUGUUGGGACUUGAAAUCCAGGGCAUUCUGGGUUUGGAUUUGCACUCUCAUCUGAACUUUCCUGGGCACGGCUGUCUAUAAAGCUCAGGUUAUGUUCGUAUGGCUUCUCCAUUCUGGCUACAACCCUACAACUUUUUAUCCCUCAUAUCUGUGAUCAUUUUGUUGAUUUUAUGAUGCCUUACAAUGUUGGUUCGACUUGUAGGCCAAAACUUGGCACUGUAAAUUGGCCGAUGUGUUCAUAUUUCUCUCUAGGCUCUUUUUUAUUUUUUAAAAAUUA